AUGUCUUCCUCACUGGCAGACGCCAUGGCCGCCCCAUCACGCGGUGCUCUCACCACCUUACUCGGUGCAUUGAGUAAUACCAAAUGGACAUUAUCUCGCACACUCCAGAGCACCAACAAGAACGAGUUCAAUGGCCAACUCCUUGGCACAGCGAGCUUCAGCCAGCUCCCGGCCGGACCCGAUCAAGUCCAGGAUUGGCUCUACACAGAAAGUGGACAAUUCCCAUCCCCAUCAUCAAUGCCACCAGCACUAGCAGCGAUGGCGCAUGCGACCUGGUCUAAAAAAUACAUCUGGCGAUUAAGCGACGCGAAAUUACCACUGAGUGCGUGGUUCGUUAAGGUCGGGUCUGGGCCCGAUGAAGCGGAUUACCUUUUCCACAACUUUGAAUUUAAUUCUGAGGCCAGAAUCGCGAUCGAUAGUGAGAACUACGAUGCACCUUUUCCUCUUCUUCCGGCUGGAAUUCAGAGCGAGAACACUUAUGUGUUGCAGGCUCGCGGGGAUCAUCUUUGUAUUAAUGAUAUGUAUCGCACGGCGUAUACAUUUCGUUUCAAGCGCGAUACGGAGGAGCUGAUUAGCUGGUCUAGUCUUCAUGUUGUGCGUGGACCAGCGAAGCGUCAAGAAAUUACCAAUCAAUAUCUGCCAGUUCGUGAAUGA